AUGGCAGCAGUCGUAUUCGAGGACCUCUCCGGCACUGCCACCACGCCGAACUCGCAAAGCGCCAAUCCAUACCAGCCUCUCAUAGAGAACGCAAACAAUGACCCACUCCAAAUCCAAUCCCGCUACUCAACACACCGCACAACCAGAAAUGAAGUGCAAAGGUCCAUAAUCCUAGACCCAUCUUUCUCAGCAUGGACUCUUGACCCUAUUCUCGCAAAACUAGAUGGUCCUAAUAAAGACCCAGGCUUCGUCGAUGAUAGAUUUUGUCUUGUCUUUUGGGGCCGGCCGCCGCGGCAUAUUCGCGACAUGAUUGAUAACAUACAGCAGGAACUGCGCAGUGUUGUGCCUGACAUGUGGUUCAUGCCCCUCGAAAACCUACACAUUACCGUCCUGGAACUAAUCUUCUCCGUCUCGGAGUCCGAAGUCGAGCGUAUAGUGGAAACAUUACUGCAAAAUGGCACGGCAGAAAAAAUUGCGAACACGACUUUCGAUCUGCCGCAGUGUCAACGACCGCGUCUAGUCCGGCCGAUGAUAAGUUUUGAUGCUGCUGCUAUGGCGCUUAGUUUUGUGCCUGCUGCUGGAGAGAACCAACAACAAAACGCAGAGGAAGAACUAGAGGAAGGUAGUAGUAGGGGCAAAUUUACGUAUCAUCACCUGCGCAAAGACAUCUAUGACAAAGUUGUUGCGGCAGGCAUCAAGCCUGCUUCGAGGUAUGCCGUUCCAUCGGCGCAUCUUACGAUAGCCCGGUUUAUCAAUCAGAAUGGGUUCCUUUGUGAUGAUGGAGUGACCUUCGAUCAUGCCAAAGUCAAGCGUGUGAUUGAUAAGAUAGAGGAGCUGAAUGAUAGGUUACAAGCACAAUAUUGGCCAAAAACUGACGCUGCUGGUGGUAUACCGCAUGGAGGUGACUGGACAAUAGGUCAAGAGAAAGGUCUUGACUUUCAUACGAACCAACUUGUGUAG